UUUCAUCAAGAAAAGCGCUAGCAUGGGUAACCUCUCUGUACAUUACCAUAGUUCUUCUUCCGCUGCUGCCUCGCCCAAUCCUGACUCCCCUAACUCUGAUCCUGUUCAUGAUACCGAUGGCUUUUUGUCCGAUGAUCCUACACAUGCAUCCUGCUCCGCUAAUCGUCGGGGUGAAAGGAAGAAAGGUGUUCCAUGGACCGAGGAGGAGCAUCGAUUAUUCUUAGUUGGUCUGCAGAAAUUGGGGAAAGGAGACUGGCGUGGAAUUUCUCGUAAUUUUGUUAUUACGAGGACUCCAACUCAGGUGGCAAGCCAUGCCCAAAAGUAUUUCAUUCGGCAGAGUAAUUCAACAAGAAGAAAGCGAAGGUCGAGCCUUUUUGACAUGGUUCCGGAGAUGGCAUCUGAUCCGCUGCCUAUGCCAGAAGAUGAAGUUUUACAUGCUUCUCAGGCAAAAGAAACAGAGAAUUCAAGUUCCCAACCUUCACUAAAUCUCUCACUUAACUCAGAGUUCCAUACGAUGGAAACUACAGUUGAAGAAGAAAAUGGAAACGAACUCGAUGCAACUAAGAUGGAAGUUGCUGGUUUCCCACCUAUGGUACCAGGAUUCAUCCCGGCUUAUAUGCCUGUACCUUUCCGUAUUUGGGCACCAAGUACAUUCCCAAUGGAGGAAGAAAAGGGUGUAGAAAUGUGUCAUCAUGAGGUCCUAAGGCCAAUUCCAGUCGUGCCGAAGGAACCUGUCAAUGUUGAUGAACUAGUUGGCUUAUCUCAACUCACUCUACGAGAGCACGAAGGAGAACAUAGAGAGCAUUUGCCCCUGUCCUUAAGAUUGACAGGCGAGGGCUCGAGACAGUCAGCUUUCCAUCCAAAAACUCCAGUUAGUCGUUCAAACUUAAACAAACAAGGACGACAAUGAUACAAUCUAAGCUCUUUGAAAUGAAGGAGGGAGAAUUCUUCAUGCAUCACGAGCUUUUCUUGUAAAAUGACACCCUUAAAUUAGUUUUUUUCUUAGAAACUCCGUAGUGUGGGUGUUUUUAUUGAUAUCAAGUAGGCUAGAGAAAGUUCUUUAAGUAUAUCUAUUCUUUGUAACUGUAAACAAAUAGAUAUGUAAUAAAUAUGUUAAUUAGCCGAUCCUAA